UUCUCCGCUUCAGAAGUAUUCAGACAAUGCAAGAAAAAGAUUAUAUUGCAUUAACCACUCAAGAUUUAAUUUUUUUAUAUAAUAUCAUUUUGAAAUGAAUAACUCUUUAAGGUUAGUGAAGUUUCUCAUCGUUGCAGUAGUCCUCACCUUCUCUGGAAAGAUAUUGUUGAGCAAAGUCACUCCUUCCAGAAGACGUGACUCCACAACACUUAAUCCAAUAUCGCAGGAGCUUUACCGGGUAAUAUCUCCAGAAACGUAUCACUAUGUGUUCAACCAGUCUCAUGUAUGCAUGGAAAGAAGUCCCUUCCUGGUGCUAAUUGUUCCGGUAGCACCAAGAGACAGGGAUUCAAGGGAUGCUAUUAGAAAAACAUGGGGAUCAAAGAAUUUGAUACCAAACAUGGAUAUUCUCACAAUGUUUUUCCUUGGUAUGCCCAAGGAAGGCCUCAGGUCCAACAUUCAGGCGAGCCUUAGGAAGGAAAGCCAGGAACAUGCAGACAUAAUUCAAAUGGACUUCCUAGACAGCUACCAGAACCUGACAAUCAAAACCAUGAUGGUCAUGAACUGGCUGGCCACACACUGUCAGACAGCCUCAUACGCUAUGAAGGUUGACACAGAUAUAUUUGUCAAUGUGUUCUACCUUGUCAAUCACAUGCUGCGGGACUCUCCUAGACAUGAAUUCAUCACAGGAUCAGUCAUUACUGAUGGCCGCCCUCGGAGAAAUAAGAACAGUAAGUGGGAUCUAUCAGAGGAUAUCUACCCAGAGAAUACAUUCCCUCCUUAUGUCUCUGGUGCUGGCUAUGUCUUCUCCAUGGACCUGGCCAGGAAGAUAUCCUGGGCUUCCAGGUUUGUUAAGAUGAUCCCCUUGGAGGAUGUCUAUGUGGGUUUGUGUCUACGUGUGGCUGGUGUGCGACUCGUGUACUCUCAAAGCUACUUGACCCUGAAAAACCUGUUUGAAAUCCGUCGUUUGGAAUAUAAUAGGUGCACCUAUGCCACACGUGUCAUUGUCACUGGCUUUAAUCCACGGGAAUUGCUUCACAUUUGGCAUGACUUUCAUAAAGGGCAUCUCACCUGCUGAUGUUGAAUCCAUAAGUAGUCUUUUGAAUUGAGAAAAACACUUGUGUAUACCUUCACAAUGUACAAGAAUGUUUACAGUUGCAAGACUAUAUUCUUUUGCUAUUUUCCUAUUGCCUUUAAUAAUAUUUGCACAAUAAACUGAAUGGGAAAUUUUACAUUUACGAAGAUACCUAAAAUUAGCAGAGUAAAUCAUGAAUAAUAAACUACCUCUUAAUUACACAUUACUUUGAUACCAGAUUAAGAAAAGUUCAUUUGUAGCUUGGCAAGUCAUUAUAUAGGCUACUGUAUGUUUAGAUCAAGCCUGCUUUCAUGGUAGUUUCAUGUAGUUACACUUGAUAAACAGGUGAUGGCAUAAUGUAACCACUUAUUCCUGUAACUGUAUGUGACAAGGAAGAGAACUGGCAAAAUAGUACAAAUCAACUUCUCUUGUCUGGCUGGAUGUCAAAAUCAUACUCAGGUCUGGUCAAACAUAGCCAUUGAGGGUUUAUUUAGCACUUUUCAAGUAACUCAUGAAAUGUUUGUUGUGUACAGUGUGUGUAUGUGUGUUUGGAGGAUGGGGGGGGGGGGGGGGUCCUUUGAUGGUCUUUAAUUGCAAGGUGUCUGUCUGAAAGCUUCUCUCACAGCAAUCUCGGUACCAGUGAGUGGGUCAGAAAUUGGCUGGUGAUUCAUGAACACUAGACACCUCAGUCUCAACAGAUGGCUGACACUCAGACUGUGAGACCAGCCAUAGCUGACAGAGUGACUGAUGAGAAGUACAAGUCUUUAUGAUGACUUGUUUUCCUGUGUGAGAACCCCCACCCCACAUUGUUAUAUUUCUUGGGUCCUCGGUUGCGUCCUUUUACUUGGGGGGUCUGAUGGCUGAGAGUAGGGUUGCCACCUCCAAUGUGGUCAAAUAAGGGACGCCUUGGCUGUGGCCAAUGUCGGGGGGAAAUAUUUAAGCGGGGGUCUGGGGGUUGUCCCCCAGGAGAUUUUCGGUGUUAAAUACUUCAUUUCCUGCAUUCUGGUGAUUGUUUUCAUAACCAAAUUGUGCCUUUUUAUGCAUCAACUUAAAUUCCUCUGCCACUCUAAACAUAACAUUAAUGCAGACGCUCUUAUCCAGAGCAACUUAAAGUAAGUACAGGGACAUUCCCCCUGAGUAAGUAGGGUGAAGUGCUUUGCCUAAGGACACAACAUCAAUUUGCACGGCCUGGAAUCAAACCAACGACCUUUUGAUUAAUAGCCCAACGCCCUAACUGCUCAGCCAUCUGACCCAUGACUAAACAUAAUAAUAAACUGGCAUCUGUGCAAUUUGAAGAGUUUUCUUUCACAAUCCUAUACUGAAUCCUAUACUGGAAGUCUACUGCUGAACAAAAUAUGAAUCACAGUUAAGUAUUUUUUUUAUUGUUUGUGGGGGCUUUAAGGAUUAAAACACCAGAUCGUG